AUGCCUGAUAAGGACUCUCUCCACCGAAGCUUUAAUCAAUUACUCGGAUCGUUGGACCUGCCAAAUGAUAAAAUCAAGGAAAUGAAUUCAUACGACAACCAUAAGAAAUGGGAACUUUUAUGUUCUCGAAGUCUAAUGAAAGUCCAUCAAUCACCGAGUGCUUAUCUCAAACGACUUAAAAUAUCAGCAUCGAGAGAGACUUUACGUGGUUUGGAAGUAUCAUUAAGAACAUAUUCCACUGAAUGGUUACAUGACUUUUUGAAUCAACGCAAAUGCCUCAAUAUAAUUGUAAAUAUCAUCAAUACUGGCAAUUUGUCAUCGGAGAAAUUUCAAAUUGCAUUGCUGUGCUUACGAGCGAUACUUUAUUCGACUCCGGGCUUUACAGUUGUAAUUAAUCAUCCAAAGCUUCUCGAGAGCCUCGUGAAUAAUCUUCGUAAAGUAUCGACAAAAAAUCAAACAUUAAUUUUGCAACUGUUGGUCUUUGUAUGUAAAAAGUCACUCGAUGGACGAGGCAAAAUUUUAGAAUUGUUUAAAAUUGAUGAUGCAAAGAGACAAUUAAUGGAUUUUCUCACAAUAAAAUGCAUCGUGAGUGAACAACAAAAUAUUUUGGCAACUUUAAAUCUCAUUAGAGCCAUACUCGAGUCCACAACUGACAUCAACCAUCGAAUUGUUCUUCAAUAUGCUUUCAAUGAAAUUGGAUUAGAUGAUCACAUUAAGCGUUUGAUGUUGAAUGAAUCGAAUUUGAUUUCUGAAGUUAUCGACGAGAUUACCGAAUACAAGUCGACGAUAAUUAAUGUUAAUCAAUUAAUUAAGGAUCGCGAUUGUAUCAAACAGCAUGUAUUAAAUAUCAAGACAUUAAAUGAGAAGUUAGAACCGAAGGAUCUGAAGAUACGAAGUUCAGAGACGAAAAUUGGGGAAAUGGAAAAGCAAUUAAUUAAUUAUAAAAGAAAUCAGGAAGUGGAAAAGAAAGAUGGUCUAGAAAAACUGUCGGAAGGAUCCAAAGUGGAUAAAAUUCCGGAUGUGAGCAGUAAGACGGAAAUAUCAGGACAAUCUAUAGCACCAUUGCCUCCUUUAUGUGUUCCACCACCUCCACCUCCACCUAAAAUGCUCGGACCACUAUUAUUGCCGAUUAAGAAGAAGUUUGAUCCAAAAUCAAAAAUGCCAACAUUACAUUGGUCAAUUUUACGACCAAAUCGUAUUCGUGGAACGAUUUUUGGCGAUAUUAAUGAUGAGAAUAUCCGCAUGGCUAUAAACUUCAAUCAUUUCGAAGAUAAAUUUUGUAUUGUUGACACACAACAGAAACAGCAGCAAGGAGGAAAACAAAUUGCUGUUACAAAAAGCUUUACUCGUAUACCAAAUUACGUUACGCUCCUUGAAUCCAAUCGGCAACGCAAUGUAUCAAUAUUAUUUAGAAAAUUAAAUUUGAAUGCUGACGUGGUCGUACAAAUCAUCAAUGAGUACGAUGUUAAUCAACUGAAAUACGAGAAUGUUGAGCUACUAACAAGAAUGGCGCCAAAGGAUGAAGAAUAUUUCUUAUUUCGGCAAUAUAUCGAUGAAAAGAAGGACAUUGUUCUACUCAGUGACGAGGAUAAAUUUCUUUUAAAACUUUCACUUGUCGAACGAUUACAAGUGAAGCUGAAUAUUAUGGAAUUUAUGGGAAAUUUCAACGAUCAAGUUGAUUCGUUGCUUGUACAAAUUUCUGCCAUUUCAUCCGCAUCAUUAUCUCUGAAGAGUUCGGAAAAGUUUAAAGGCAUAAUCGAGAUUAUUUUGACAUUCGGCAACUAUAUGAAUGGGAAUAAAUCAAGUGGCAGCGCGUAUGGAUUUCACAUGAGGGGAACAUUAGAGAAAUUAAAUGACACAAGAUCAAAUGAUAAGAAGCAAUCACUCUUGCAAUAUAUUGUAACUGAUGUCAUUGCUCAGCAAUUUCCACAAUUUUUAUCAUUAAACACGGAACUUUUAUGCAUGAAAACAGCCGCUCGUGUAUCAAUGAAAAAUGUCGCCAAUGAAGUUUCCAGCAUCAAAUGUAGUUGGAGAGAAAUGAGCGAUGAAUGUGAUUUGUCAUUGAAUACAGCAUUGAAAGCAUUCAAAGAGUCUUCGUACGGUACAUGCAACAAGUUGAUAAAUGAAUUUGAGCAAGCACAAAACAAUUACAAUGACUGUAUGGCAUAUUUUGGUGAAUGUGAUGCAACAAUCGAUUCCGACGAGUUCUUUACAAUUGUUGAGAAAUUUGUUGCUCAAUUUAUGGCUAUUGUUAGCAAGGUCAAGUGCUCAUGAAAAUGAAAAUUUUCUCUUGGAUGCGGGGUGGAUGUCAAACCCUUUUCUUCAUUAUUAUUGUUAUUAUUUUGACUAAAUUUACAGUAGAUCCGAUUUUGAAAAUGUCAUAAAAUUUUUCUUCAUCUCACUCUAUUGUCAGUGUCUUUGUGUUUGUGUAUGUCCUUCCACAAAUAAACAUAACCUCAAAAAAUACUUUAAAAUACUUUAUCCUUAACAUCAAAUUCCAAUUUCAUAAUGAAUUU